UUUUCCACUGAAGGGGGGGAUUCUUUCUUGAAGUGAACACAUAGGCAAUUGAUAAGUUGUAAAGGUACUGGGAAAGAAAACCGUUAGCUCAGGGGCGAAAUUGCUUUUAUAAUAACGAUUCCAACAGUUGAUUUGCGUCGCUACAUCCUUCAUUGCAACGAAAGCAUUUAAGUUCGGCGUGUUCUCUACGCCAGUUGUUUAGUGGGAGGAAAAUGCCAUCUUUUUCAUGGAGGCUUUGGCUUGGCCUGGUUCUGAUCCUCCCAUCUUCGCUGGCGGCGGACGAAGUGUCGUCGCUGCUGCAGGACUGGCAUGACGUGUGGCUGUUCCGCUUCUUCCUCAACGUGCUGGGCUAUACCACCAUCAUCAUCCCCGGCUACUUCCUCAUCACCUACUUGAAGAGGAUCAACUACCUCCAAACAGGUGUGGAUGAUCUACAAACCGGCCGAGGCAUUUUCUAUCCUGUCAUAAAGGCCUGUGUGUUUGGAAGUGAAACGAAGACAGGUCUCCUAGACGAUGUGUCGCUAGCUCCCAGAAAUGAUGCGGACUCGGGCUCGUCGGCCAGACAAGCCUUCAAGUUAGUCUUCUGUGCUGCAGGACUUCAGGUGUCCUACCUGACAUGGGGUGUCCUACAGGAGAGGGUGAUGACUCGCUCGUACGGGGCUUCCACCCCCGAGGAGGAGGGCGAACACUUCAAGGACUCCCAGUUCCUGGUGUUCAUGAACCGUAUCCUGGCGCUGACCGUGUCAGGCCUGUGGUGUGUCCUGUUUAAGCAGCCCCGCCACGGCGCACCCAUGUACAAGUACUCAUUUGCCUCGCUCUCCAACGUCCUCAGCAGCUGGUGCCAGUACGAGGCCCUCAAGUACAUCAGCUUCCCCACCCAGGUGCUGGCCAAGGCCUCUAAAGUGAUCCCUGUCAUGCUCAUGGGCAAGAUUGUGUCACACAAGAGCUACGAGUACUGGGAGUACCUGACGGCGGCACUCAUCUCUCUGGGUGUCAGCAUGUUCUUGUUGACGAGCACGGCAGAUAAGCACCCAUCUACGGUCACAACGUUCAGCGGCGUGGUCAUCUUGGGUGGCUACAUAGUCUUCGACAGCUUCACGUCCAACUGGCAGGACAACCUGUUCAAGCACAAGAUGUCAUCUGUGCAGAUGAUGUUCGGGGUCAACCUCUUCUCCUGCCUCUUCACCGUGGGCUCGCUGCUGGAGCAGGGCGCCUUCUUCGACUCGCUGGCCUUCAUGACGCGCCACUCGGAGUUCGCAUUCCAUGCUGUGCUGCUGUCGGUGUGCUCGGCGUGCGGCCAGCUCUUCAUCUUCUACACCAUCGCGCAGUUCGGCGCCGCCGUCUUCACCAUCAUCAUGACCCUGCGGCAGGCCAUCGCCAUCCUGCUCUCCUGCUUCCUGUACGGCCACGCCGUCACCAUGGUGGGGGGCUUGGGCAUGGCCGUGGUCUUCCUCUCCCUCUUCCUGCGUGUCUACGCCCGCAGCCGCAUGAAGGCGGGACGCAAGGUACCACAGCCACAGGUGCAGAAGGUCUAGGAGGAGGAAUUGGAGGGAACUGGAAAAUGAACUAAAGCCACGUUUUCGGUGGCGCUUUUUCUCAUCUGUAUGUCCAGUUUGACUUUUUAAGUGUUCAUUUUAUGGGUUUCUACUUGUAUAGAAAGGUACAGAAAGGGAUUUAAUGCCUUUUAAAGGUGUUUGCCUUGACACGAACUGAGCUGUUGUCGGAGGUCAUUCGGCUAAAACAAUCAGCAGUCACAGGCGUUUUAAAUUACACGGCAACCGUCGCUUGUCCAUUUGUGUAUCUGAAACCCAGCUCAAAAGCAUACCACAUUGGCAUGUGAAAUGUAAAUAACUGAUAAUGGCUGACGCCUUUUGAUUUCUGCCUCCAUGAUAUGCUUCUGGAGCAGCACUCGGAACAUAAAUUUGACAUUUGAGGUGUAGUGUUGGCGCUAGUACAUGAGCUGUGUACUGCAAGACUCCAGCUCUUGGUAAUGUAACAUUGCGAAUGGCACCAUAUUAAGUGGUUUAUAAGGCCUCUAUGAAAAGUUACUUUGACAGUGAGAGAACAUGAGAUAUUGUGGUGAGCGGAGCAGGGGAUCAUCUCGGUUUAGAUACUAGAUCAAUUUAGUUUAAAAACGAUGUCAUUAUUGCAUUGUUCUACUUUUUGGACAUGGCAUGAGAGAAAUGUUCUGUGAUCAUUACUAGUCAAUGAUCAGGUAAUUCUGUUUGAAUAUUUUAUUUCUUCUGUAUAAAGAAGAUUCACUUUGGGCACUGUUCUGACUUGAGAUCUGCCCAAUUAACUUACGUUUUCGCAGAAGUCUAUCAUUGACAUGAAUGAAGGAUUUACGCGGACAUUCGAGCUGUGCAAACCCAGAUCUCAAGUCAAAAUACAGAUCAUAGAAAGUUGAUGUUUUUUGACCCUCGUGGCUUACCAGAGUAUGUCUGAUAAGGAAUGUUACUGAUCGUGUCCCCACAGAGAGAACUAAACCAUUUUCCUCACAGUAUCACAAGAAUAAAUGCGCAGCUUACCAGCAAACCAUCAAAAAUAACUUUGCAGCAGUUAAUGUUCUAUAUUAUAUGGACCUGGAACUGUGUCUGUCACCAACACAAUGCCUACAGAAAGUAUUCAGACCACUUGACUUUUUCCACAUUUUGUUACGUUACAGCCUAUUCUAAACUGUAUUGCAUCGUUUUUAUCCCCUCCUCAAUCUAAACACAAUUCCACCAUAAUGUCAAAGCAAAAACGGGUUUUUAGAAUUGUUUGCAAAUGUAAUUAAAAAAAAUAUUAUAUUUGCGUAAGUUUGCAGACCCUGUUCAUUCAUGCACCUGAGCUCAACUUCGAGUCUCAUAGCAAAGGGUCUGCAUACUUGGGUAAAUAAGGUAUUUCUGUUUUUAAAGUUGUAUAAAUAUGCAAACAUUUCUAAAAACCUGUUUUCGCUUUGUAAUUAUAGGGUGUUGUGUGUAGAUUGACGAGCAAAAAAAAACAAUUGAAUCAAUUUUAGAAAAAGGCUAACGUGACUGUGGAAAAAGGCUAACGUGACUGUGGAAAAAGGCUAACGUGACUGUGGAAAAAGGCUAACGUGACUGUGGAAAAAGGCUAACGUGACUGUGGAAAAAGGCUAACGUGACUGUGGAAAAAGGCUUGGGAUCUGAAUACUUUCCGCUGCAGUGUGUGUGUGUUCGGCCAACAGAUGCUUAUUCAAGAUGCCCAUCUUAUUUUUAAAUAGGACACACUAACGUUGGGUCAUGCAAAAGACAAUUUACUGUCAAAUGCCAGCAAGAGUUGCAGCGAGACGGAUUUAUUUGAACAUUCAGCCUGCACAAUUAUUUGCUCUCUGCUUUGUUAGUUUAGGAUUCAACUUGGAAAACCAUAGUGACAUAUUUGAUUAGCAUAAAUGCCAUCAAUCUUUAUGCUGUAUGUUAAAAGUUUUGUGGCAUUAAUUUAGUGGCCUGGCUGACCCAGGAAGUGUGUAUGGAGAGGGAAGGACUUCCAGUUUGCCUAGCCAGGCAAAUGAAUCGGCGCUAUGUAUAUAAACUAAUUAUCAUUAAUUGAUACACUAUAUGUUUGUAUACAGUACCAGUUAAGUUUGGACAAACGUACUCAUUCGAGGGUUUUACAUAAUUUUGUAUUAUUUUCUACAUUGUAGAAUAAUAGUGAAGACUUCUAAACUAUGAAAUAACACACACUACCAUUCAAAACUUUGUGGUCACUUAGAUAUUUACUUGUUUUUGAAAGAAAUGCAAAAAAUGUUUGUCCAUUAAAAUAACAUCAAAUUGAUCAGAAAUACAGUGUAGACAUUGUUAAUGUUGUAAAUUACUAUUGUAGCUGGAAACAUUUUAUUUUCAUGGAAUAUAUACAUAGGCGUCCAGAGGCCUAUUAUCAGCAACCAUCUCUCGUAUGUUCCAAUGGCACGUUGUGUUAGCUAAUCCAAGUUUAUCAUUUUAAAAGGCUAAUUGAUCAUUAGAAAACCCUUUUGCAAUUAUGUUAGCACAGCUGGAAACUGUUGUACUGAUUAAAUGAGCAAUACAACUGGCCUUCUUUAGACUAGACUAGUUGAGUAUCUGGAGCAUCAGCAUUUGCAGGUUUGAUUACAGGCUAAAAAUGGCCAGAAACAAAGAACUUUCUUCUGAAACAUGUCAGUCUAUUCUUGUUCUUAGAAAUUAAGGCUGUUCCAUGCUGAAAUUGCCAAGAAACUGAAGAUCGCAGAACAGCGCAAACUGGCACUAACCAGAAUAGAAAGAGGAGUGGGAGACCCGGGUGCACAACUGAGCAAGAGGACAAGUACAUUAGCAUCUAGUUUGAGAAACAGAUGCCUCACAAGUCCUCAACUGGCAGCUUCAUUAACUUCUUGACGCACCCAUCCUGUUAGCAGGAUCAUUUUCGUCAACAUCCACUGAAUUGCAGAGCGCCAAAUUAAAUUACUCAAAAUAUUUAAUUUUCAUAAUCACAAGUGCAAUAUAGCAAAACAAAGCUUAGCUUGUUGUUAAUCCACCUGACAUAUCAGAUUUCAAAAAAGCUUUACAUCAAAAGCUAUCCAAGCAUUUAUGUUAGGACAUCUCUCUCAGCAGACAAAACAUUACAAACAGCUAGCAGUAAAGUAGAUUGGUCAGAAAAGCAAUAAAAUGAAUUGCUUACCGUUUGAUGAUCUUCGGAUGUUUGCACUCACGAGACUUCCAGUUACACAAUAAAUGUUCCUUUUGUUCCAUAAAGAUUAUUUUUAUAUCCAAAAACCUCCAUUUGGUUGGCACGUUUUGUUCAGAAAUCCACAGGCUCGUGCAGAUCAUGACGGGCAGACGAAAAUUCCAAAUAGUAACCAUAAAGUUCGUAGAAACAUGUCAAACUUUUUUAUAAUCAAUCCUCAGGUUGUUUUUACAAUAAAUAAUCGAUAGUAUUUCAACCGGACCGUAGCUUUUGUCAAUAGGAGAGAGAGAAAAUGUCUGCUCCAAGCUGUUGCACAUGCAAAACUCUGCUGGCACCCAGCCAUCCACUGACAUGAUGUGAUUGUUCUAUCUAAUUUGUCAGAAUAAAAGGCUGAAACUAUGUCUAAAGACAGUUCACACCAUGUGGAAGCCAUAGGGAAAGGAAUCUGGUUGAUAUCCCUUUAAAUGGAGGGAAGGCAUGCAAUGGAACAGGGAGAUUCGUUUCUCUUAGGCACUUCCUGGUUGGACUUUCCUCAGGUUUUCGCCUGCAAUAUCAGUUCUGUUAUACUCACAGACAAUAUUUUGACAGUUUUGGAAACUUUAGGAUAGAAAACACUCCAAUCUGACAAUUUAUAUGCAUAUUCACGAUUCUGGGCCUGAGAAAUAGGCAGUUUCAUUUGGGUACGUUUUUCAUCCAAACAUCAAAAUACUGCCCCCUACACUCAACAGGUGAAAUGGUACCCGCAAAAUACCAGUCUCAACGUCAGCAGUGAAGAUGCGACUCCGGGAUGCUGGCCUUCUAGGCAGAGUUGCAAAGAAAAAGCCAUAUCUCAGACUAGCCAAUAAAAGUUUAUGAUGGGCAAAAGAACACAGACACUGGACAGAGGAACUCUACCUAGAAGGCCAGCAUCCCAGAGUUGUCUCUUCACUUUUGACGUUGAGACUGGUGUUUUGCAGGUACUAUUUGUAUUUCUGAUCAAUUUGAUGUUCUUUUAAUGGACAAAAAAAAUGUAUUUUCUUUCAAAAACAAGGGAAUUUCUAAGUGAUCCCAAACUUUUGAACGGUAGUGUAUGGAAUCAUGUAGUAACCAAGAACGUGUUAAACAAAUCAAAAUAGAUUUGAAAUUCUUCAUGUGGAAUGCUUUUCCAACGGUCAUGAAGGAGUUUCAACAUAUGCUGAGCACUUGUUGGCUGCUUUUCCUUCACUCUGCAGUCCAACACAUCCCAAACCAUCUCAAUUGGGGUUGAGGUCGGGGGAUUGUGGAGGCCAUGUCAUCUGAUGCAGCACUCCAUCCCUUUCCUUCUUGGUUAACUAGCCCUUACACAGCCUGGAGGUGUGUUUUGGGUCAUUGUCCUGUCGGAAAAACAAACGAUAGUCCCACUAAGCGCAAACCAGAUGGGAUGGCGUAUCGCUGCAGAAUGCUGUGGUAACCAUGCUGGUUAAGAGUGCCUUGAAUUCUAAACAAAUAACUAAGUGUCACCUUCAAUGCACCAUCACAUUACCUCCUCCGUUCUUCAUGGUGGGAACCCCUCAUGUGGAGAUCAUCCGUUCACCUACUCUGCGUCUCACAAAGACACGGCGGUUGAAACCAAAUAUCUCAAAUUUGGACUCAUCAGACCAAAGGACAGAUUUCCACCGGUCUUAUGUCCAUUGCUCAUGUUUCUUGGCCCAAGCAAGUCUCUUCUUAUUGGUGUCCUUUUUAGUAGUGGUUUCUUUGCAGCAAUUCAACCAUGAAGGCCUGAUUUCAUGCAGUCUCCUCUGAACAGUUGUUGACAUGUCUGUUUGUUGAACCCUGUGAAGCAUUUAUUUGGGCUGCAAUCUGAGGUGCAGUUAACUCUAAUGAAUUUAUGUGCUCAGCAGAGGAAACUCUGGGUCUUCCUUUCCUGUGGCGGUCCUCAUGAAAGCCAGUUUCGUCAUAGUGCUUGAUGGUUUUUGCGACUGCACUUGAAGAAACUUUCAAAGUUCUUGAACUUUUUCCGGAUUGACUGACCUUCAUGUCUUAAAGUAAUGAUGGACUGUCAUUUCUCUUUGCUUAUUUGAGCUGUUUUUGCCAUAAUAUGGACUUGGUCUUUUACCAAAUAGGGCUAUCUUCUGUAUACCACCCCUACCAUGUCACAACUCAUUGUCUCAAGCGCAUUAAGAAGGAAAACAUUUUAAAAAAUGUACUUUUAACAAGGCACAUCUGUUAAUUGAAAUGCAGCAGCGUUUGGCUACUUAAACAAAUCAAAAUAUGUUUGAGAUUUAAAAAAAACCUAUUUGGUUACUACAUGAUUCCAUAUGUAUUAUUUCAUAGUUUUGAUGUCUUCACUAUUAUUCUACAAUGUAGAAAAUGGAAACAAAUAAAGAAAAACCCUUUAUUGAGUAGGUGUGUCCAAACUUUUUCGUGGUACACUGCGUGUACCUAACAUUAAGAACACCUUCCUAAUAUUGAGUUGCACCCCCCACUUUUGCCCUCAAAAGAUUUAUCAAGUAUCAUCGAGAUAAUAAGAGAUCAUAGCUUUCACCUGGUCGAUCCAUCAUGGAAAGAGCAGGUGUUUGUAAUGUUUUGUACACUCGGUGUAUAACUUGGAACCGGACUUGGACCUGUUAUACUGGUAUUAUCAACAUUUUAAUUUAUAUUCAAACAAGCCAUUGUCAGUAAUCACCCAUAGGGCGUAGCAUGUACAGACACUGUCAAUUAAGGGUGUUUAUUUGUCAAAUUGCAAUCAUUUCAUGAAGUUGAAAUAUAAAACUUUCAAAUAUACGGCACUAUCAUUAACUAUGGUCCAGAAGCCAAUCUUGCUCUUGCUGCAACACUUGAGAUGAAUAUGACUCAAAACAAUAUCAAUGCCCUAUGUAUAGGCUGUACAAAUUUUAUAUUUUUAUGUUCUGUUUACAUUAGCUUGACACCUUUGUUGAGAUGUCAGUUGGCUUAUGGUGGUGUUUGAAUAGACUGUUUGCCCCACCUCUAUCCGGCCUAGACAAAGACUAUAGUUAGAACAACUAAUAUACUAGUAGCAAAGCAAAUGUCAUAGAAUGGGUCAUGGGAUGUGGCAUAUUCAAGAUAAUUCAAUGGUUUUUACAGAGCCUUGAAUGUUGUCUAGGGAAGAAUGCAAUGUAAAAAUUUGUCUUUGGACACAUGGUGCGUAGUCGAAUACAGUACAUGUUUCUUAUGAUGGAGUCAUACAUUUAAAAAAAAUCUGUCUGUAAUGAUGUGCUUAUUUUGGGGAGAGCUGCGCUGUUGAUAUCUGCUUUUUGAUGUGUGAAUGUUUUAAUGUGGCCUGAAUGGAUGGUGAUGGUGGUUGAUGUUCUCUCUCAGGAAUGUGAAGGAUGGAUUGGACAGUCUUGGGCUUUGGCGUAGAACUAAAUGUAACCGGUACUUUCUGUUUUUAUCCUUUGUAGUAUUUUAACUAGUAGGCUGGAUUGAUCAUUAAAAUAUUUUAAAUGAAUUUAAAUACAUGAAGUUAACACUUGGAA